UCUUCUUCUUCUAGUGGCUCUCUCACGGACCACUGAAGGAUACCCAUCAGUUCCUUUUUGUUGAUUCUGUUCUCUAUAGUCCUGAUACAAUUGGUGGAUGUUGAACUGUCUGUUUUUUGGUGGUUCUGAGUUGAAUUUUUCUGUAAAUUCUGUUACUGAGUGAGUCAUGUCUCCAAGUUUUCUUCUUCUACUUGCUAAUUUGGUUUUAUUAGCAUGAUAUCCAUAGUUGGGUGUCUGGCGAUUCGUGUGGGUGUGUUUUCUUGCUCGUUGAAUCUUCUUCUUCUUGUAUUUCUAUCCUCUCCAUUCUGUAGCCUGUGAUUCUUUUUUUUUUGUUCAGUUGCCUGAAAAUUUCCUUAAUUUAGGAAUUGUUUUCUUCAGAUGUCUUCCAAUCUGCAUCCAUCAUACAGUUAAUUGUGGUGUUUAGGUACUGAUUUUAGAUUCGAUGCAGAAUGUAAAGUUCUUCACUGGUUUGUUCGUAUGAACAUUUGAAAAGUCUUCUCUUUUCUGUCCUCUGUCCCUUCUUUCCAUUAGUUGAAAUUCUAUCUAAACUUUAGGUUCCUGUUGCAGCCAUGGAUUGUCAGGGUUUCUUUCGUUUUAUGGCUUCCAUUUCGUUGGUUUUUCUCAUUCUAUCUGAAGCCUGUAUGGCUAGUACACAAAGCAUUGGCAAGAUUUAUCCUGGGUUUCAAGGGUCCCAAAUGAACUGGAUUGAUAGGAAUGGGAUGUUUCUUUUAUCUAAUAAUUCAAAUUUUGCUUUUGGCUUCAGCCCUACUCAAGAUGUCACAUUAUAUCUAUUAGUUAUCAUCCACAUGGCAACCUUAGAUGUUAUAUGGACUGCAAAUAGAGGCUUCCCAGUUGCGAAUUCUGAUAAAUUCUUCUUUGAUGAAGAUGGUACUGUGUCGUUACACAAGGGUGGAAGUUCAAUCUGGGGGCCUGAUACUAGUGGUAAAAGAGUUUCUGCAAUAGAAUUGCAGGAUUCAGGAAAUUUGGUCUUGCUUGGGAAUGACAGUAGUGUAAUUUGGCAGAGCUUUAGCCAUCCCACAAACACACUGAUAUCAAACCAGGAGUUUCAGGAGGGAAUGAAACUUGUCAGUGAUCCUGGUGCCAAUAACUUGACCUAUGUUCUUGAGAUCAAGUCUGGUGACAUGAUUCUCUCUGCUGGGUUCCGAACUCCUCAGCCUUAUUGGUCCAUGAAAAAUGACAUUGAUAAGACUAUCAACAAAGAUGGUGGGGUAGUCACUCUGGCAUCUCUCAAUGCAAAUUCAUGGAGGUUCUAUGGCAGUAACGAAGUGUUGUUGUGGCAAUUUUUGUUUGCUGAUGCGAAUGAUGCGAAUGCCACCUGGAUUGCAGUUGUUGGAAAUGAUGGCUUUAUUUCCUUCCUCAACCUUGAUGAUGGAGGUAGUGCUUCUCCGACGAAAAUACCAAGCGAUCCUUGCAGCAGGCCAGAACCUUGUGGUGCAUAUUAUGUUUGUUCUGGUAACAACGUAUGCCAGUGCCCUUCAGCUCUUAGUUCCAGCCCAAAUUGUAAAACAGGUAUUGUCUCUUCCUGUGGUAGCUCAAAGGGCUCUCCAGAGCUUGUAAGUGCUGGCAGUGGGCUUAAUUAUGUUGCACUUGGGUUUGUUCCACCCUCUUCAAAAACUAGUUUGGAAGGCUGCAAAUCCUCUUGCCGUGAUAACUGCUCAUGUCUUGCUAUGUUCUUCCAGAACAGUACGGGGAAUUGCUUCCUGUUUGAUCAAAUUGGAAGUUUCCAAGACACUGGCAAGGGCUCUAGUUUUGUUACAUACAUUAAAGUCUCGAGUGACUCCAACAAUGGAGGCACUGAAAGUACCACUAAGGGCUUUCCUUUUGUUGCAGUAAUAGUUGUUGCGACAGUGCCUGUCAUUUUGGGUCUACUUUUUGUGGCAUUUAGAUAUUACAGGAACAAGAAAAGGUUGCCAGGAUCUCCCCAAGAGACCUCAGAAGAUGAUAAUUUCUUGGAGAGCUUAUCUGGGAUGCCAAUUCGUUAUAGUUACAGAGAUCUUCAAACUGCAACUAACAACUUCUCGGUGAAGCUUGGACAUGGAGGAUUUGGUUCAGUUUAUCAAGGGGUUCUUCAGGAUGGAACUCGACUGGCUGUGAAGAAGUUGGAAGGCAUUGGCCAGGGAAAGAAAGAAUUCCGAGCAGAAGUUAGCAUCAUUGGUAGUAUUCAUCAUCAUCACUUGGUUAGGCUAAAAGGCUUUUGUGCUGAAGGAUCUCACCGCCUGCUUGCUUAUGAGUUCAUGGCCAAUGGAUCUUUGGAUAAAUGGAUAUUCAAGAGUAAAAAACAAGAUUUCAUUCUGUUGGAUUGGGAUACAAGAUUCAAUAUUGCAUUGGGAACAGCAAAAGGACUAGCUUAUCUCCAUGAAGACUGCGAUGUAAAGAUCAUUCAUUGUGACAUAAAACCUGAGAACGUGCUUCUUGAUGAUCAUUUCAAUGCUAAAGUCUCAGAUUUUGGGUUGGCUAAGUUAAUGAAUCGAGAGCAAAGCAAUGUUUUCACCACCCUAAGAGGCACCAGGGGGUACCUUGCACCAGAAUGGAUCACAAAUUGUGCUAUUUCAGAGAAAAGUGAUGUGUAUAGCUAUGGAAUGUUGUUGCUUGAGAUUAUUGGUGGAAGAAGAAACUUUGAUCAAUCCCAUUCUUCAGAGAAAUCCAAUUUCCCAUCCUAUGCUUUUAGGAUGAUGGAAGAAGGGAAAGUGAGAGAAAUCCUUGAUGCAGAGCUGAAUUUAGACGAAAACGACAAGAUGGUAUCCACUGCUAUUAAAGUUGCGUUGUGGUGUGCACAGGAAGAUAUGUAUCUAAGGCCAUCAAUGUCUAAAGUUGUCCAAAUGCUUGAAGGUCUCUGCCCUGUUCCUCAACCAUCGAUUUCUUCCCCAUUGAGUUUUCGCCUUUCUUCGAGUUUUUUUAAAUCAACAAGCGAGGAGGGCACUUCCUCAGGACCUUCAGACAGCAACAGUAAUGCCAACCUUUCUUCUGUGCAGCUUUCUGGCCCAAGAUAGCACUUGUUCACAGGGAUUGUUGUUUAGAUUUAUAGAAUUGAGCUACUCAUAUAUACAUCUCCUACAAAAUUCCUGUAUAUUAUAGACUACUCAAGAAAGUUUUGUAAUACUAGCAAUUAGCUUGUCCCUUGUUUCUA